UCUAUUAGGAUUUAUGAAUAUCACAUUAAAUUAUUUUUCUAUUUGUUGCAUAUUCAGCAUAGAUAUUUUUCCUUCAGUCAGUUUUAACUUUGCGGGUGGGGCAACCAUUGAGUUGAAACCAGCACAAUACCUUGUGCACUAUAUUUUAAUGGACUCUGCAAAAUGGUGCAUAGGUUUUCAGAAGGUGGAAAGUGGAUUCUCAAUAUUAGGAGAUUUUGUCCUAAAAGAUAGAAUAGUUGUCUAUGACUUGGCUAAUCGGCGCAUUGGAUGGACUAACUAUAAUUGUUCCAUGCCCGUCAAUGUCUAUGUGACUCUCAGCAAGGACAAGAACUUCAAUUCAAGAACUAGAUGGUCGAGUGCCAACAGUCUAGAGAUAAGGAUUCUCUCCAAGCUAUAUUAUAUGUAACAUUGUGGCUCUUUUUAUGCCUAUAAUACAAUCUUCAUGAAGUCACCACAUUGUAAUUUAAAUUCAAGAUUCAAGUGGCAACUCAUAGAAAAGAAAAGAUUUGAUCUUAAUUGAUGUAAUUUUACUAAUUAAUUGUCAUCUCUUUUGUGACUUAUU